AUGGCAAAGCUGCAUCGAAGGUACCGAUGGCUUGACGACGGCGAUCUGCGGCGUUCUGCGAGAACCACGAUUACGGCCGGUCCGGCCUCACGCUAUGCAUCCGAUGCGCCGGGAUGGCGGGAGAGGAGCGCCAGGAUGUUGGCAGGCAUGAUGUGUGCUAUGACGAGCACACUGUUUAUGUAUCAGGGGCAGGAGAUUGGAAUGAUCAAUAAGCCAAAGGAGUGGAAUAUUGGGGAAUACAAAGAUCUCGAGUCGAUCAAAUACUACAGCUCUGUUGCAGACCGCACCGAUAACGACCCUGAGGCUUUGGCGCACGUGAUGAAGAGUCUACAGAUCUUUCAGCUGAUUGUUGAUUACGUGAUCGGAUACUUCGAAUGGGCUGCGCGAAAGACCUUGGACGUUGAAACAUAUACUCAGUUCCAGUAUAGGGCAGCAGGAGAAUGGACGAGCAUUCUCGGCUUCAAAUUCUCAGCCCCUUUUUUCAUCAGUCCCUGCGCUAGCGCCGGUAUGAUCAGUCCCGUCGCUGAGCGUGGGCUUGUGGGGGGUGCUGUGCUGGAAAUGAAGGCAUUUUUUAUAUGCGUCUUGAACAACAUAGCGGCGUACGUAAAUAUCUUCCAAGAAAUCGAGCAGAUGGGAGCCAAGGCUAUAGCGAUCACCGUCAACUCUGCGGGUGACCCACGCCCGGCAGCGUGCGAUGCGAUGCGAUACCCUCCCAACGUCAACCUGGAUAGCGUGCAGCGCUGGGCCUACACGACCUGGGACUACGACCGCGGGCUCCAAAGCCUGACCCCGCUCCCCAUCUUCUCCAAGGGGAUCGAGACCAUCGAAGACGCGCGCAGAGCCGGGCGGGCCCUCGAUGUCUCGCCCUCGCUGAUGGAGAUCGCCAUGGAGAUCUUCGAGGAGGACCCCGAGGUCGUCAAGCAGGUGGAAGUGUACGCGCAUCCGCCACAGGGCCGUUUUGAUUCGACCGACAACUUGGAAUGUUACGCAUAA